ACGGUGCUGGUGAUCACCUACCACGAGCCCCAAAACCCCGAGUACCAGCACUUCCAAACCCAGCUCAUCCUGCGAGCCAAGGAGAAUUUUGGGGUGCAGCUCAACUACUCCCUGAUGAACCUGGUGGCAGGCUGUUUCUACGACGGGGUGCUGCUGUACGCCAUGGUGCUGAACGAGACGCUGCGGGAGGGCGGCUCCAAGAAAAACAUCACCCGCAUCAUCCAGAAAAUGCGGGACCGCAAGUUCCAGGGGGUGACGGGGCUGGUGAGCAUGGACAGCAACAACGACCGGGACACGGACUUCAACCUUUGGGCCAUGGGCGAUCCCGAGAGCGGGCAGUACGAGGUGGUGGGACACUACUCGGGUGCGGAGAAGCAGAUCCACUGGCUGGGGCCCAUCCACUGGGUGAAGGGGGCACCCCCCCUGGACAACCCGCCCUGCGUUUUCGACGUGGAUGACCCCUCCUGCGAUAAAAGUGAGUGUAGUGGGGCAGCUAGCCCCCAAGCACCGACAUCCCGGCUUCCCCCAUCCCUUGGUCCCCAGCGCCCUUCCUCAGUGGAGACCAUCGGGGACGCCUACAUGGUGGUGUCGGGGCUGCCGGUGCGCAACGGGAAACUGCACGCCCACGAGAUCGUCCGCAUGGCCCUGGCCCUGCUCGAGGCCGUCAAAACCUUCAAGAUCCGGCACCGGCCCAACGACCAGCUCCACCUGCGUAUCGGCAUCCACACCGGCCCUGUCUGUGCUGGCGUUGUUGGUCUAAAGAUGCCCCGCUACUGCCUGUUUGGAGACACGGUGAACACAGCCUCCCGCAUGGAGUCCAAUGGCCAGGCCCUGAAGAUCCAUGUCUCGUCCACCACCAAGGAAGUCCUGGAUGAGUUUGGCUGUUUUGAGCUGGAGCUGCGUGGAGAUGUGGAGAUGAAGGGCAAGGGCAAAAUGCGGACGUACUGGCUGCUGGGUGAGAGGAAAGACCCCAAAGUCAUCUGA